AUGCUAAUUUCAUACAUCCACCACCGGAAGUGUUGCACUCGACUGUUGCUUCGUGGCCAUUUGAAGCUUGGGGUUUUGGAUGUUUUUAGGCCAUUGCCAAAGUGUUCUGGUGGACAUUUAUAUAUUCUUGCUGUAAUUGAUAAAUUCUCGAAAUGGGCAAAAGUUGUUUCUCUUAAAGAAGUAAAGAAGGAGAAUGUGGCAAACUUCAUCCGAGGCAAUAUUAUCUAUUGUGUCGGCAUUCCUCGAUAUAUAUUGAAAGACAAUGGUAUGCCAUUUGAUAACAAGUGGAUGACUAAGAUUUGUUACCUUUUUGGCUUCAAGCAAUAUAAUUCCUCUAAGUAUUAUGUUGCUGCCAAUGGCCUUGCUGAAGCAUUUAAUAAGACAAUCUGCAACUUGUUGAAGAAAGUAGUCUCCAAAUCGAAGAUAUAUUGGCAUGAAAGAAUGGAGGAAGCUCUUUGGGCAUACAGGACCACCUAUUGCACGCCAACGCAAGCGACUCCUUAUUAG